AUGAGGAAACUGGUGACUCUGGUUUCCUAUGUGGUCCUGUUAUGGACCUGCAGUCUGCAAGGAACGACUGCGGAAGAAAAUGAUGAUCCCCACCAGAGUGGUGAAACAUCUGUCCUCAAUAAACCGAACAUUUGUGAUCAGCCACCAAGAACAGGUCCAUGUAGAGCUUAUUUCAGACGUUAUUACUAUGACACCAACUCAAAGACUUGCAAAGUUUUCAUCUAUGGAGGGUGUAAAGGCAACCUGAACAAUUUUGAGACCAUGUCAAAGUGUUUGCAGACAUGCCAACCUGAAGAGGUUUGCCGUCUGCCACCAAAAACAGGCCCAUGCAGAGCGUAUAUUACAAGGUUUUUCUACAACUCCACGUCAAUGAAAUGCGAAGUCUUUGUUUAUGGAGGCUGUGAUGGCAACCGGAAUAACUUUGGAAAUAUGGCGCAGUGCAAGAAGGCGUGUCACAUGGCAGGUGUCAUGGAUGCUCCUGAGUCUGCGUUUGAUGAGGAUGAGGUUUGUCAUCUACCACCACAAACAGGUUCAUGUAACAUGUAUGAGGAUCGUUACUUCUACAACUCCACCUCAAAGAGCUGCAACCGUUUUGUCUAUGGAGGAUGUGAUGGCAACCAGAACAACUUUAAGCAUAAGGCAAACUGUAUGCAUAGAUGUCAACCUGAAAAGGUUUGUAGUCUACCGCCACAAACAGGCCCAUGUAAAGCACGAAUGGAGCGAUACUUCUACAACCCCGCUUCAAGCAGCUGUGAAGUCUUUGUUUAUGGCGGGUGUGGAGGCAACGAGAACAAUUUUAAGAAUCAGGAGCAGUGUAUGAAGACAUGUGGCAUUGCAGGUGCUCCGGAGGUGUUCAAUAAGAAUGAGGUUUGUAAUCAGCCUCCAGAAACAGGUCCCUGUAAAGCGUAUUUCAACCGUUACUACUAUGACCCUGCCUCAAUGUGCUGCAAGCAUUUUAUCUAUGGAGGAUGUAUGGGCAACCAGAACAAUUUCAUCACCAACGCACAGUGUCUCCAGGCAUGCCUACCCGACGAGGUUUGCAACCAGCCACCAGAAACAGGCCAAUGUGAUGGCCAUUUUCAGAAGUACUUCUACAAUUCCACCUCAAUGAACUGUGAGGACUUUGUUUACGGAGGAUGUGGUGGAAACCAAAACAACUUUGACACCAAGGGAGCUUGUAUGAAGACUUGUCACACUUAAGGUAAAGUUAAAUGCCAAAAAUGUAUUAUUCAACCCCAAAUUAUAUGGGGGUUGCUUGAUAA